UCGACUCCAAUAAUGUGAGCCGCUCUGAAAACCGAGAGAUUGCGGUGUUCUGGGAGGAAGAAGUGCGCCAGUACAUGGCAGCAAUAUCGUCGGACGAUGCCAUAAGGGACGAAGCUCUCUGA